UGUUGAGGGAGGAGCCUGAAGUUGUCUAUCAGGCGUAAAGUCUGGAUUGCAUGAGUCUGUGACACAGCCGAGAUCCAGACAGGCGACACCAUGAGCGAGACAGCAGAAAGUGUGGCUGCCAGCCUGAAGAGCAGAAGGAACGUCACCAUAGAGAUCACCAACCUGUCCAACAACCACUGCCUGAUCAACCCCAAGGUUUACCUGGAGAGUGGCAGCUGUCACAGCCCCCCCCAGCCCACCGUGCGCCCGGAGAAGACGGAGGUGUGCAACUUUGGCAAGACCAGCUCCAAAGCCACGGGAGCGGUGGGCGUCCUGACCUACGAGCUGUUCGAGCGGCACAGCAACAAAGCCCAAGAGACAAUGGCUUUAAUGUUCUCUGUGCCGUACGACUACAACGUGUACAAGAACUGGUUCGGGGUGGGAAUCUACCAACAAGGCAAGGAGUGCAACAAGAGUCUGUACGAGGAGAUGUACUACAACAAGGAGCAGCAAGGCUUCGUGCGCGAAGAAGCCAAAGGCAGCGGCCUCACCUUCCAUGGCAACAGGCUGGAGAUCAAAGCCACCAUGUCCCCCAUGGGCAAAGCCAUCAUGAAGGUGGAGGUGUGGGACAAAGUCUUCCCUCCCAUGGAACAGAUGUCCUCCUGAGGUGUCGGUUCCUGUUUGUCCACCACCGCUGCUCCUGUGCAGUUUAAGUGUUUUGCUGUUCUAAAACCUGUUAAAUAAAAUCCAGU